AUUGUCCGCGGGGGCCCGUGUGUGGCGCAGUUUUUAUUCGGGGGCGCUCUGCGCACGCGCGGCCGCCGCGGGCGGGAGCCCCGCCCGGCAAAAUGGCGCCCGGGGCGUGAGGGGAGGAGUGGGCGGGGCCUGAGCGUGAGGCGGGAAGAUGGCGCUGGGCCGCGCGGCCGCGGCGCUGAGGGCGGCGGCGGCGGCGGCGGCGGCGCUGAGACCGGCGGGGACCCCGCUGUGGGCGCGGGACCACCCCCGGCUCUGCAGCUCCCAAGAAGCCCCAAAAUCCUCCGAGGAGCCCAAAGGCCCCAAAGAACCCCCGUCCCGGUACCUGGAGCGGCCCUGGGAGUACCUGGAGAGCGAAGAGUACCGCGUGACCUACGGGGACAGGCCCGUCUGGUUCGGCUACAAGCGCAACCACAAGGGAGCCAUCCCCCCCCAGCGCACACGCAAGGCCUGCCUGGUCAGACUGGGGGCACUGGGAGGGACUGGGGGCACUGCAGGGGGAGUGGGGGGCA